UUUUACUUGACCGUGGAGAAGAAUGAUCUUCAUUUUAAACUGAUUUGUAGAAAUGGCUUCAAGACAAACACGUAGCAAAGAUUCAUCUGUAAAUCAGUCUCGCGAACUACGACCACGUCGAACUAUAAACGUGACCAAAAAGCCACAGCAGACGACAUCAAAUAAAAGAAAGACGUCAACUAAAAGGAAAAGAAAAUGUGAGAUUGAAGACGUUGUUGACGGCCCAAGUUUACUCACGUUUGGAAAGAGGAGUAAGCUAUUGGACGCUCUUCCACCAGCGCCGUUACGGUGGAGAUCAAAGGAUACAAUAGCAGGAAAAACAGAUGCAGUAGACGGUGGUCCUAUAAAUUAUCCAAUGAAAAGGAGAGGACCAUUUUACAUCAUACGUAAGUACGAAGCCCGCAUUAGUCUUCUACGGCAUGUUCCUUUUCAAUUCGAUCAUAUAUACGUGUAGGAGGGAGUGGGGCCUGUUUGUAGGCGAGGUAUAGCGCGCUGAUCCUGUCGAUGAGUUUACUCUGCUACGGUAGAUCGACGCGUUAGCCCCAGGCGAGGGCUCUAGUUUCCUCGGCUAUUUACACCCGGGGAAAGGAAAACAUUAGCGAAGCAUUGAACUGAAUCGAACUGGAACGUACGCUACCUCUCACCGGAAAUGUGAUGCCAAACUUGCGAGUCAAUCCCAGUCUGUUCACGCAAGGGAAGAGAGCGGUCAAACACUCACAGAUGAAUACUGGCCUAAAAUUAAAAAAAAGCGAGGCCAUGUAACUGAGCUCAAAACUUUUUAUUCAUGUAUAACUUCCUAAUUACAGACUUUACUUUUAGUUGUGUUUUUCUAUUUUAUUAAAAAAAAUUGUCCAUUGAAAGAGCAUUUUUCUCUGAUAUAAUUGUUCCGAAGAGUAGGCGUUCUCUUGGUCACUUUCGGCUUGGAUGUUUUGUCAUUUUUUUCGCUUUUUAUACUGAUUUACUCUGUUUAUCAAGCCAAUUUCAAGGAAAUCAACCGAGGUUUACCUGUGCCAAAACAUACAGAAAUUAUUUGAAUUAAAAAUGAGUCUUGUUUUUUGAAAGUUUAGAUAAUAUAACUAUAUAAGUAUAUGGAUCUUACUUGCAUAAAUAAAACGGCAUCCUCACGUGGUGGACCUCCCACUAAUCACCAAAGUAUGGUUGUUUGACAGGAGUGGGAUAAACAAGAUUUCAAUUUUUAAAAGAAAUUUGGAAUACCGUUUCCUACAAUGAGCUGAAGCAAUUUGUGUCUGAAGAAACCAGAAUAAUUGAUUUAUUAUGGAAAAAUAGGGUACGUUUUCUUUGCAAUAUUUAAUGUUGAUGCAUUUUGUUGCUUUAUUUUUUUCGUAUAAAACAUGCACUGCUUUCCUUUUCAAUGAAACUGUAAGUUUCCUAAAUUACCUUGUGACUGAACUGAAAUUACUCAACAAUGAAAACUUACUUUGUUUAGUUUCUUAAGUAAAACAGCAUAUCGGCAAAAGCAGCUUUAACUGUUGAAUGAACAUUUAAAAACAUUUUUGAUUUGAUUUGAUAUUUCGGAAAUUCAUUGUUGUAUAGAAAGCACUAAUCUUCCAACCAUUUUUGUCGUUUUGAACGAAAAUUAAAAAAAUUAUCGCGCUGCCACUGCAACACUAGACGUACAACGCAAACAUUCAGUGUUGACCAAUUGUUAUUAUAAUAUAGCAUUUGUAAUUUCUGAACGCUGAUUGGCUAAGAACCGUGUUGAUAUAACUCAAUGUCAACACGGAAGCGUUGAAAAGUUUAUUUCUUUGUGUUUCUUUGUGCUAUAUUAUAAAACAAAUAUAAAACAUUUUUCCGUAUUGAUAUACAGUUAUAUCAACACUCGUGAAAAUUGGGAAAACUCGAAAUUGUGUGAAAACACUCCGCCCUUCGGGCGUCGUGUUUCCACACAAUUUCUCGUUUUCCCAACUUCCACUCGUGUUGAUAUAACUGUAUAUAUAUCCACACGGAAAAUGUUUUAUAUUUGUUAAAUAAUACACGUUAAAUAAACAAUGCUUUAAAAAAAUAUAGGUGAGGGGUUGCCGCAUGCAUAUAUUUCUAGUAAAAUAGUAGUAGUCAGCAUAAAGGACUAACAGUAAACUCCAUGGGUAGCGAGGCCGCUUUAGCAGGAAAAUUUCAAAUAUCCUUUACUGAACCUUGGAAAGACCUAAUUACAACAAGUAUUCCCCAACUAGAUGAAGUUGAGUCACUUGUUAAAAACUAUCCUCCCCCUCUACCUAGUAUUGGCCAGAUUAAGAGCGUCCUAAACAGAAUCCUAAAUAUGCUUGGAGAACAAUAAACGAUAUAUUAGGUCGAAAUAGAAAACAGACUACGAUUAAUGAAAUUAAACUCCCAGGUAAAACUGUUACAUCGACCGACGAAUUAGUCGACAUUUUUAAUGAUCAUUUUAGUAAUAUUGGCCCAAAGCUUGCUGAGUCUAUUCCAAAUGACAAUGACGUUAGUUUUCGAGAUUUUAUUACUCAACAAAAAUCUAAGACAAAGAACAGUUCUCAUUUCGACCAGUGAGUGUAACAUUGGUUUACACUCUUCUAGUUAAUUUGUCUACCACCAAAGCGACUGGAAUGGAUAAAAUUUCAGCUAAAAUUCUACAAGUAGUAGCUCCAGUUAUUGCACCUUCUCUUGCUGAGAUUUUUAAUAUGUCAAUUGACUCUGAUCAAUUUCCUUCUGAUUGGAAAGCUGCAAGGGUUAUUCCGUUGUUUAAGAAAGGUCAGCGGUCCAUGUUGGACAACUAUAGACCGAUAUCAAUCCUUCCUGUAGUAAGUAAACUUAUGGAAAGAAUUAUGUAUGAUCAAAUGUAUGAGUAUCUUAACCAGAAUAAUCUUUUCUCAAAACACCAAUUUGGUUUCAGACCUUAUCAUUCCACAACUACUACAUUAUUGGAUUGUACGAACGAAUGGUAUACCGUGGGCUGUAUAACUUAGUUGUUUUUCUUGACCUAAAAAAAGCAUUCGAUACCGUCGACCACGAAAUACUGUUAAGUAAGUUUGAAAUGUAUGGUUUCCAAAGGAAAGCAUUAAAUCUUUUACGUUGCUAUUUGACGCACCGAACUCAAAGUUGUCAAUUGGCCAGUAUACUCUCGGUGGAGAAAGAAAUCAUUUGUGGCAUUCCUCAGGGAAGUAUACUCGGCCCUCUCUUACUUAUUAUGUAUAUAAAUGAUUUGCCAAGCUGCCUAGAACGCACAACUCCAAGAAUGUUUGCUGAUGAUACUAACUUAACGGCAGUAGGCAGAACAAUUAGUGAGGCGGAAGAGAGGGCGAGCGUAGACAUGAGGAAUGUUCAGAAAUGGCUUUGUCAGCAAAUAAACUAAGUCUAAAUAUAGUGAAAACCGAGUAUGUUUUAAUUGGAACACGACAUAAAAUAAGUAAUAUUGAUACCCAUCAAGGAGUUAAAAUAAAUAAUCAAUUGAUUAAAAAAGUUAAAAAUACCAAAGCUCUUGGAGUUGAAUUAGACGAAAACUUGAGUUGGGAAAAACACAUUAACCAUAUUAGCAGUAAAAUAUCAUCAGGUAUUGGGGCUAUUAGAAAAAUGAGGGAGUAUGUCGAACAAGACAUUUUGAUAAAAGUUUAUAAUGCCUUAAUCCAACCUUAUUUUGAUUAUUGCUGUGAAGUAUGGGAUACACUUAAUAAAGGCCUAAGUGAACGUCUACAGAAAUUCCAAAACAGAGCGGCUAGGUUGAUCAUGAACUUAAAAAAUGAACAUGGUCAGUCUAUUUUGGCACGAAAAUUUCUAGGCUGGGUAACACUUGAAGAGCGUAGGGCACAAAUGAAAGCCAGGCUCAUGUACAAGACAGUUAAUGGUUUUGCCCCCCAACGACUAUGUGAAGCUUUCCAAAAUCUGAAUACCAUUCAUGACCAUAAUCUGAGAGGUUCUUCGACAAGGUGUUAUAUUCCAAGACCAAAAACGGAAUCCUUAAAAAAAAGCUUCCAAUAUAGUGGGGCUAAACUAUGGAAUCAGAUACCUGAAGAGAUACGCAAUUCGGUAUCGUAUAAUUCGUUCUGUAAAAAGAUAUCUUCCUCGACCUUAAUCUCGACUUAAAGUAGUAGUUAAUUUUUUGUCUAAAUAGGUAUAUAAUUGUAUUUGUUACCUCCGCCAGGAGGUUAUGUAAUCAUCUGGGUUUGUUUACCUCCGCCAGGAGGUUAUGUAAUUUACCUCCGCCAGGAGGUUAUGUAAUCAUCUGGGUUUGUAUGUGUAUGUGUGUGUGUGUGUAUGUGUGUGUGUGUGUGUGUGUAUGUGUGUGUGUUUGUCUGUGAGCACGAUAACUCAAGAAAUACCAAACAUAUUCAUACGAAAUUUUUUGAAUGCAUUUCCCAUCGGCUAAGAAAGAACUGAUUAAAAUUUGGUUGAAUUUGGUUAAAAAUUGAACGAGAAAUGAACAAAAUUUUGUCUUGCUUUUCCCGGUCAAUUAACAAAAAAUAUUACUGAAUGCGUAAUUAGGACGUGUAUAAUUUAUGCACUCAGUGCUAAGACAAUAAUGAGAUGAUAAACCUCAUUAAGCUUCGGCCUUCAUUAUCUAUUGUUUUAGUUGCAUUUCACGCGACCGAAAUUCAAUGUCUAAAACAAGGCUUACGGAGUUACGCAUUAUUACGUUCAGCAAAGUGCCAGUCCAUUCAAAUUCUAAUAACAUUAGAUUACUUCAAUACAGGGUGUAUAAAAAAAAACGCAACCUCGGAAUUUCCCAAGAAAUCGACAUUGUUUUAAAGACAAAAGAUUUUAGCUGCCUGGAAUUUAAAAUAGCACAACUGUGAAAAUUACUGCACGCGCUAGUGCAUAAAGCAAAAUUUAUGCAUUUAUUUAAUGACACUUAAUAAGUUUUUAUUUUACAAGUACUGUACAGUACAACAACAGUAAUAUGUUCUAUUAGCAAUUCGAUUUCAAUUCGCGGGGGCCUGAAAUCUUUUAUGCUUAAGAAUUAUAAAGUGGAUUUCUUAGGAAAUUCCAAGGUUGCGUUUCAAUUCCGAGUAACGGGCGGAGGUAUGCAGUCUCUGAGUGCCCUCUAGUUAUGUAUGUAAUAUUAGGGCUAGUAUAUAAAUAAUAAUUUGUAAGUACACAUCCCUUUUGGAAAUCAGCUUUUGCUGAAAAGGCCAAUGUGUUUAAAUAAAGUUGAUCUAUCUAUCUAUCUAUGUCCUAAAUCACCUUAACCACUCGAAAGCAACGGGAGCCGAUGCUAUUCCAGCAUGGUUACUUAAACGAUUCUCUAGCGUUCUAGCGCCGAUUGUUGACGACAUCAUUACGGCUAGCAUUAAACAGUGUAACUAGAAAUACAUGCAUGCAAUAACCCCUCGCCUGUUUUCAAAAGAUAUAUACUCAGUGCCGUUGCGAGCACUUCGUCGCAGGGGGGGGGGGGUUAGAUAGAGGGGGGGGGUUACCAAAAAGUUUCCAGAUGUACAAAAAUUUUUCAGGACAUAUAAUAAUUUUUCCGAAAUUUAAUACAGUUGUUUUCCAAAUUCACUUUCUCAGUCAUGUCCUGAGAAUUACCUGAAUUCCCCUGAAAAUCUUCUGCAAAUCUACUUAAAUGUAGGUACUAAAAGUGCACUGGAAAUCUACCUGAAAUUCAUCAUGAGCAAUAAUCAGGGGUGUUGCACCCCCCCCCCCCCAGUGAGUUCCAAGCAAACACUCUCUGAUUUAUUGUUCGUGUAUUUCGAUCACCUCCCAAAAUAUUGUGCAUCAUACUAUAGAGCAUUUUGCUGUUGUCAUGCUCUAGCAUGGUUCAAAUUUAUGAAUUUUUAUUAUAUAAAGUAUAGUGUUUUACAGAGUUUUCGAGCACUGACAAAAAUGAUAAUCUCAGAUGUGAAAUUAUUCAUGAUAAUCUCACAUGUAAAAAUUUAUCGCCUUUUCAAUUAUCGCUUUUCUGUAAACAUUAUCGCUUUUCAUUUAAGACUGUCCUUUAUAUAAUAAACAGAAAAAUACAUGGGUGGUUGGAAAUACCAGAUUUAUUUUUUGUGUUGAACAUGACAUCUCACUCGUUCGCUGCGCUCACUUGUUCGCUGCACACUCAUGUUCAACACUCGAAAUAAAUCUGGUAUUUCGUGCACCCAUGUAUUAUUCUCUAUUUAAACUACAGCUAGACUGGUUUAAAUUAUUAUCAAUUUAUCAGUGAUUGUAAAAGUUGGAGAUAGAAGUGUUUUGUUUUAUAAAAUUAUCAAGUUGUCGGUGAUCGCAAAACCUCCAAAUCCUUAAUUUCAAAUGUUAGAAUGUUAGGGUUAGAAUGUUAGGGUUUGUAAUAUAUACAUUUUAAGUGAGAAUAUAUACAUUUUAAGACCUAACCAGGAACGACUGCGAAAAAUGCAGCACAAGGUCCUCUGGUAGGAAUUGAACCUACGGCCCUGCGAUUCCGGUGCAGCGCUCUAACCAACUGAGCUACAGAGGCCAGCUGUUGAGCUUUAACCGUAAGUUCAUGUAUAUUUAAGUAAUCGGGUGUGCGGGUUAUGAUAAGGUGGACUUCAAUAAUUUGGAUUCUUGCACUUCACUUGGUGGACUUAAUAUUAGAAUGUUAGGGUUUGUAAUCCAAGUGAGAAUAUAUACAUUUUAAGACCUAACCAGGAACGACUGCGAAAAAUGCAGCACAAGGUCCUCUGGUAGGAAUUGAACCUACUGCCCUGCGAUUCCGGUGCAGCGCUCUAACCAACUGAGCUACAGAGGUCAGCUGUUGAGCUUUAACCGUAAGUUCAUGUAUAUUAAAUUUUAAGUAAUCGGGUGUGCGGGUUAUGAUAAGGUGGACUUCAAUAAUUUGGAUUCUUGCACUUCACUUGGUGGACUUAAUAUUAGAAUGUUAGGGUUUGUAAUCCAAGUGAGAAUAUAUACAUUUUAAGACCUAACCAGGAUCGACUGCGAAAAAUGCAGCACAAGGUCCUCUGGUAGGAAUUGAACCUACGGCCCUGCGAUUCCGGUGCAGCGCUCUAACCAACUGAGCUACAGCUCGGCCAGCUGUUGAGCUUUAACCAUAAGUUCAUGUAUAUUUAGGUAAUCGGGUGUGCGGGUUAUGAUAAGGUGGACUUCGAUAAUUUGGAUUCUUGCACUUCACUUGUUGGGAUUAAUAUUUGAAUGUUAGGGUUUGUAAUCCAAGUGAGAAUAUAUACAUUUUAAGACUUAACAAGGAACGACUGCGAAAAAUGCAGCACAAGGUCCUCUGGUAGGAAUUGAACCUACGGCCCUGCGAUUCCGGUGCAGCGCUCUAACCAACUGAGCUACAAGAGACCAGCUGUCGAGCUUUAACCGUAAGUUCAUGUAUAUUUAGGUAAUCGGGUGUGCGGGUUGUGAUAAGGUGGACUUCAAUAAUUUGGAUAAAUUUCCAAAUAUCGCGGGCGCAUGGUUCACCGUUCAUGGGUGGUCAUCCUCACUGAUCUCAAAAUAUAGAGGACUGUCGUGAAUAGCGAACACUGAUUGGUCAAAUUUAAAAUUUGUUGUUGUGAGAUGAACUGACGACUUCAACUGACAGAUACUUCAUGAAAAUAAUUUGCUUUUUGCACUGCAGUAUUUUGUACGUUUGCAAAAAACUUUGACAGCUUUCAAAGCAAUUUGCUCUAUAAAGAGUUUAAUAAAACAAUUAUGGUAUCAAAUACCAAUUGAAAAGAUAUGGACUACGGUAUGGAGCCAAAUGAAGAGCGGCAAGGAAACGACAAGAAAGCCGAACGUCUCGCGAAAAGGAGGGAGCCAGCGAAGACGACAACGUUUGCUCGAGGAGACUGCUGAGGAAAGAGAAGCUCGCCUGGGAAAGCGUAGAGAAGCAUGGAAAAAAAAGACUGCUGAAGCGAAAGGUAUUAAAGCAAAGGCUUGUUUUCACAACGCUAUGUACCAAUGAUACUGUAGCUAUACAAGUUUAAGUAUGAUAUUCGACCCUCUAUAUUCGACUAUUUCUUCACAAUUUUCCAAUAAAGAGUUUGUCAUGACACGCUCAAGUCAGUAUAACCAGACUGUAUUUUAUUUAUAUCAGUUAUCAAAUACCGUCGGUGGCAACUAAGGGUGAACAGUUGCAGAUAAAACAUUCUCUAUUCUCAUUAAAAAGCCUGUAAAAGUUUCCAGUAGGUCUCUAGCCCAACAAGUUCAGACAAAGUUUUGUUACUUAUUUUUAUUGCACACAUGGGAAACAACAAUUAAGUGUUGUUCUUGACAAACAUUGAAGAUUCUAAUCACGCGAAUGUUUUUAUGAGCGACUGUUCAUCGUUAGUUGCAAACGACGGUACAACAUACUAUGAACAUUUUUCCGACUGUGACCGAAUGUGCAACGAUAUAUUUUUCAAAGUUGUUAACAAUUCCUAAAAUUUGUUUAUAGUAAAACAGCCUGCUCAGCACUCACUACUCACGAUGAUUUCAUUUAGAAAUGCAGUUACCAGGAAAGGAACUGAUUCUAAAAUAUGUAAAAUUAAAAGCAUUGGCUAUUACGAUGUGAAGACAAGGUACAAACUUUUAUAGUUGCUAUUUGUUAUAAAUCCUAUAAAUAAACCGAUUCAACAAUAAUUUUGCCUCGAAUUUGCAUAUUCUAUGCUGCAUGUUUAUAUUUUAUUUUUAUAGUAUAAAAAUAAAAUUGUAAUACUAUGAAAUAAAAUACAUUUCUGUUUAUUGACCAGUACUUAUUUAAUGUCUUCUUCAUCCAGCGGUCAGAGUAAAUUUCUACUUCUAGCAAGUAAAUAUUUGACAAGCAGUCUGGAAUAAGCACAGGACUUUUAAUGCAUCAGCCAAAUCCAAGUGUGCCCAUCCCCCUCGCCCAGCCAUUUUCCUGUAAAGCACAUCCCGGGGGUUGGGCAUUUCCACUCGAACCUUAGCCCCGGCGGGCAUUUGAAAUUAAUAAUUUGGAUUCUUGCACUUCACUUGUGGAAUUAAUAUUAGAAUGUUAGGGUUUGUAAUCCAAGUGAGAAUAUAUACAUGUAUAUAUUUUGUAAUCCAAGUGAGAAUAAUUUGGAUUCUUGCACUUCACUUGUGGAAUUAAUAUUAGAAUGUUAGGGUUUGUAAUCCAAGUGAGAAUAUAUACAUGUAUAUAUUUUUGUAAAUCCAAGUGAGAAUAUUUUGUAAUCCAAGUGAGAAUAUACAAAUGUAUAUAUUUUUGUAAAUCCAAGUGAGAAUAUUUUGUAAUCCAAGUGAGAAUAUACAAAUGUACCGGUAUAGUACAUGUAUAUAUUUGGUGUAUAUAUUUUCACUUGGAUUACAAACCCGAACAUUCUAAUUUUAAUUCCACCAAGUGAAGUGCAAGAAUCCAAAUUAUUGAAGUCCACCUUAUCACAACCCGCACACACGAUUACCUAAAUAUACAUGAACUUACGGUUAAAGCUCGACAGCUGGUCUCUUGUAGCUCAGUUGGUUAGAGCGCUGCACCGGAAUCGCAGGGCCGUAGGUUCAAUUCCUACCAGAGGACCUUGUGCUGCAUUUUUCGCAGUCGUUCCUUGUUAAGUCUUAAAAUGUAUAUAUUCUCACUUGGAUUACAAACCCUAACAUUCAAAUAUUAAUCCCAACAAGUGAAGUGCAAGAAUCCAAAUUAUCGAAGUCCACCUUAUCAUAACCCGCACACCCGAUUACCUAAAUAUACAUGAACUUAUGGUUAAAGCUCAACAGCUGGCCGAGCUGUAGCUCAGUUGGUUAGAGCGCUGCACCGGAAUCGCAGGGCCGUAGGGUCAAUUCCUACCAGAGGACCUUGUGCUGCAUUUUUCGCAGUCGAUCCUGGUUAGGUCUUAAAAUGUAUAUAUUCUCACUUGGAUUACAAACCCUAACAUUCUAAUAUUAAGUCCACCAAGUGAAGUGCAAGAAUCCAAAUUAUUGAAGUCCACCUUAUCAUAACUCGCACACCCGAUUACUUAAAAUUUAUCCAAUUUAUCCAAAUCCGUAGUCCAUAUCUUUUCAAUUGGUAUUUGAUACCAUAAUUGUUUUAUUAAACUCUUUAUAGAGCAAAUUGCUUUGAAAGCUGUCAAAGUUUUUUGCAAACGUACAAAAUACUGCAGUGCAAAAAGCAAAUUAUUUUCAUGAAGUAUCUGUCAGUUGAAGUCGUCAGUUCAUCUCACAACAACAAAUUUUAAAUUUGACCAAUCAGUGUUCGCUAUUCACGACAGUCCGCUAUAUUUUGAGAUCAGUGAGGAUGACCACCCAUGAACGGUGAACCAUGCGCCCGCGAUAUUUGAUGAACUUUAGACUCCGCUAAUGCUUUCGUUUCCCCGGGUGUAAAUAGCCGGGGGGAAUUAGUACCCUCGCACGGCGCUUCGCGCCGCCGGCUCGGGGAUUAUCCAAGUCAUUACAAACAUGGCCUGGUCACACCUGUGCCUAAAGCAUACCCAGCAACUGACGUUAGUAACGAUUUUAGACAAAUCUCUGUUUUGCCACAUAUUGGGAAAAUCGUAGAGAGGGUACAACUACAACUCAAUCAAAAUGACAUCAUACUACGUCCCAGUCAACAUGGUUUUACUAGUGGCCGCUCUACUACAUCGGCUCUGAAAUCCAUCACACAGCCAUGGUUUAAUGCUACUGACAAUACCUGCCGUGACAAAGCAGACAUCCAUGCCCUCUUUAUUGACUUUAAAAAAGCCUUUGAUCUAGUUGAUUAUGGGAUCCUGUUGAAUAAACUUGCAUUGAUGAAUGUUAAUAAAAGCUUCUGGUUGUGGGCCAAAAGCUUCUUAUCUGGUAGAACUCAGCAGGUCAAGAUAAAUCAAACACUUUCAUCGAUCGAGGGUUGCCCAGCUAGAGUACCGCAAAAAUCUGCUCUUUCGCCGACUCUAUUUAAUAUCCACAUUGACGACUUAGAUACGAGUGUUUCUGAAGAUCUUGAGGUGAGCACAUAUAAAUAUGCCGAUGACUGCACACAAAGCGAAUGCAUCAUGAAGGGCGAGUGUAGCAACAUGCAGAAAGUCUUAGACUCCGUUCAGAAUUGGUCAAACGCUAAUAGAAUGAAGUUGAACGCAAAGAAAACGAAAGAUAUGUGGAUUUGCUUUGGGAAAUCUAUUCCACAGCGUCCCAAUCUUUAUACCGGGGAUGUUAUGAUCGAAAGAGUUAAUUCAUUCAAGUUACUUGGUGUUAGCUGUCAAAGUAACAUGAAAUGGAAUUCUCACAUCAAAGAAAUUAUUCGUAAGGGAAACAAGAGACUGUGUCAUCUAACGCAGUGCAGGAAGGCUCACCUUCCUACUGAAGUAGGAUUGGAAACUUACUGCACCAAAAUUCGUCCACUGCUUGAAUAUACCGCACCAGUUUGGGGUGUCCUACCUCACUAUUUAGUAAACGACCUUGAGCGUACUCAAAGGAGAAGCUUACGUAUUCUUCCCCCGCUUAGUGAGAGAAGAGAUAAACUAACUCUUCGAGAAAUUGAGGCAAUUACUCAGGACGUAAACCAUCCCUGUCACCACCUUGUCCCUAUCGCACAGAAGCAUGACUAUUCCACCAGAACUAAAGAAAGAGGUUCUAAUGUAGGUCACAUUAUUUCCAGAACCGAAAGACAUAAAUCAUCGUUUAUGCUUCGUGCAGUUAAACUUUUUAAUAAUAAACUUUAAAUUACUAAUGUAAUAGACGGUUCUGUAAUUUUAGGCUAAAUGUAGUUUGCUUUAUUCUCUGAACUGAAGGACAUAAUCGUCGUCUGUGCCUUUGGCAACUGAACCUUUUAAAAAUACAAUUUUUAUGGUAAUAUAGAUGGCUUUAUAAUGUUUAUGAAUUUGCAAGUCCACUGUAUUUUUUUACUUAAGGUGGAUUGUUAUUAAACUUUACAUCAUAGUACAAUAGCAAGACUACAUACCGGGGUAAACCAGCGCGGUCACCUCGUCUGCAUACCUGCACAUUACAGAGCAGCCUGCAGUGGCGAAGCUGGCCAUGGCAACUGGUCAUACUAUACCAGCAAACCUGCACCUAAAUAGGUUAAAACCAUUGCAUUUCUAAAGGUUUGAAUAAUGUAAAUCAUAAAAAUUGGUACGACCUCUAGCUAUCGCUGCAAUUGUGGCCAAUUGUUUGUGGAACGCGCAGUAAUUAUUAUAAGCGCGAGCCCAAUUUUAUCUUACCGCCGAUUCCUAUGCACCAAUUGUCCCCACUAGUUUCAAUGAUUACAUGAUAUAUUAAGUCAUCAUUGUGUCCUGUCCAGAUCAAAUGCAGCAGGAAACAUUUCAACAUUUAUACGGGGGAGGGGUUUUUUUAAAAUAAAUUAGAAAAAUAAAAUCUCUGAAAUUGCUUCUGUCGUUCCACAACAAUUAGCCAUGAUUAUAGUCACUGAGAACAGCACUAACCAACUGAAAUGACUGAACCCGUCUUACUUUUAGAUAAUUUUGCCGGUUUAAACGAAAAGUUUGAAUUUCGUGAAGGAGGUGCCAAUGAUGUUGGGAAAGUGACGGCUUGUUUUGGAAGACUUGGUUUUCAUCAUGAUCAGGAUGCUGAUUGUAAGACUAACAUUACAUGUGAAGAAAUGCGGGCAUCGUGCAAGGUUUGGGCAAAACGGGACUACCGUGGUGCUGACUGUGUUAUUGUUGUUAUAUUAACACAUGGAGAAAGUCCAGAUAAGCUCCAAGGCGUUGACGGAGAGUAUGUGGCUCUUGAUGACUUAUUGUUACCAUUCAAUUAUAACCCCACAUUGGUUGGAAAACCAAAGAUAUUCUUCAUUCAAGCUUGUCGUGGUCGUAAACUUAAUAUGGGUAUCAUAGAUCGCAGUACUGCGGUGGCAGGUAAAAACACCAAUAAUUAUAUGAUAAUGGAAACUUUAAAGUUCUUUGUUUCUACAUAUGCAGUUGCGCCACAUGUCUUCUUAGCAUAUUUCUAUUUGAUAUUAAAGUCUGUUUUAUUAGCGAGUGAAUUACAGAUUUUUAAAAAAUUUUAUGCUCAUAAUUUAGGUUGUCCCUCCCCCUCCAUUUUGCCCUGAUUAUUUUAUAGUCCCAGUGACAUAUACUGUUUAUUUCGAGCAAGAACUUCAGUCUUUCGGCCUAAAGUGUAGCUACGAUGGCGGAAAUGGACGUUCAAUAUCUGUGAAGGUCGUAAAAUAGUUUUAAUACGUACCGUAUCUCUCAACUUCUUCCAGUUUUUCUAACGAAUCGCAUCGCUAAACAAGGGAUAAGUUGCAUUAAGGGAUAGUAUAUAAUUUUCUAAAUCGGGGUAAAAAUACGAAAUUUCGGGUCACAAUCCUUGCGGCAGCUUCGUGUGAACCGCGCAGACAAAAACAAUAGAAAAGGGUCUGCAACUGACGUCCAUCUUGAUUUCAUUUUUUGAACACGAGUUCUCACUCCAGAUACCUAUGGCGCUUAAAAAUGGAUUAAUGGGUAGUCCACAAUUUUUUGCGCAACUUGCAAGUUGCAACGCAACUUCAAGUUUGGCAUAGAGCCAUGACGUCAUAGCCUUGCAGACAGUCAGGCUGUUCCAUUUACUGUUCGGAGUACCCAGAGUUUUUGGAACACUAAUAGACUAGAACUGAACACGGUCACAUGACUCUUUUGGCUGCUCUUACUAAAAGGUAGGAGCAGUCAGAACAGUCAUGUGACCGUUUUCCAAUUCGGAUCGAUUCUAUUACUAUUCCAAAAAGUACGAAGAGUACUCGAUCCGAACAGUCCAAAGAGUACUCCGAACAGUAAAUGGAGCAGCCUGGAUAAAAGCAAGUCCGGCAAGUCAUAACGCCAUAGCCUUGCGGACAGUAAAAUUACUCUCUGAGUAUAAGAUGCGUAUGAUGCGUUAAUGUCCAAUAGUUAGUUUUUAGUGAUGGAGGAAACCUUAGGAAGCACAAGACAAAACCAAUCAAACUCAACUUACAUGGAUGGGCAAGCACAGGGAAAAAACUCAACCUGAGUAAGUCCCUGCCCUCGCCCAGCAGCAGCAAGCUUCACUUUGAGGUUAAAGGUAGCGUACUUGACAGCAUUUUGCACCCAACGAAAGAGAUAGAAUACUCAAAAAGUUCAUGAUACUUGUACAGAGAUUAUUGUAUUAUUCCCAAGCCUGAUUAUUAUAUAUCGAAAUUUAUCGGCGAUGUACUCAUGGUCCUUUGUCAGCGAUCAAUGGAAACAAAACUAAUCUUUCCCAGUAGAAAAAUAAAUCUAUACACCUACAGUAUGGCUAUAUUGACAGUGGAGCUAAUUAGCCUUUCUCACGCUGCCAUUUUUGGGGUACUGUAAUUUUUUGUAAACGAUUAUAACAAUGUGAAAAGCAAUAUUUCAGAACAAACUAACUAUUUACAGAGUAAAUUUACCAUCACACACCCACAAAAUUAUAAAAUGUUGCCGUUAAGUGGUGUUACGUUCGCAGGAUUGGCAAAAAAGUACCUCAAAAAUGGCGGCGUGAGAAAGGCUAAUUGAGCAUCGCCGAUGAAUUGCAAUAUAUGAAACCAGGCUUAAGUAAGCGUUCAACUUCAUGUUGUCACGGUUAUAGGAAAAUAGCAACUAAAAUUAUGUUUGCCUAAUUUCAAAGAAUGUUAAGAACCUUUUUAUAUAUAUUCUCCUAAACUAUCUCAAUUUUUGAGAUAUUUGAAACCAAAAUAUCCCACCAUCUGCCAACUUGUUGUAUAAUUAGAUCUAAUUACCUGAUAUCACAACCAGGGUAGACAUUUUAAAAUGAAAAAUAUUAUUAGUGGAAAGUUUGUAUGUAUCUUGCAUGUGCUUUAAUUUAAAAUAAGCAAUAGUAAAAAUUAGGAUUUAGAUUUUUAAUGGGAAUUGCUUUUGAUACAAAAUUAAGUUAUCCUGGUUGUGACGUCACGCAUAUUCAAGAUGGAGAUGCCUAGCCAAAAUGGUGGAAUGGUUUAUGAUUUUGGCUGAUCUGAAAUGAAAUUAAAUGAACGAAGUGCAAUAUCUUUUACAUGAAGAACGAUAUAGAAAAUCUGUAAAACGUUUUUGUGCUAUAUUGAAUCCUUCUACAACGGGGAAACUAUUAUUGCUGUUCCCAGAGAAAGAUUAUUAAACAUUUAAAUUUACAAUAUUCGUUAUGUGCUUAGGUGCCCGUAUUGAACUGGAAUUUGAUGCAACGGCUGGUUUUUCCCCUCUAUCAUCGUUGCGAAAUAACGAGGCUCGAUCAUCGACAAAACCGGGCGUGAAAAAUUCUGGUUAUCUUCCGCGUCAGGCUGACCACUUGAUUGCAUUCGCGACAGGAGAUGGAUACACUGCUAGUAGAGUUACUAACAAUGGUUCAUGGUAUAUUGAUGAAUUAACCAAGGUCAUGCACGAAGAAUAUUCCAGCAAGAAAUCAAAAAAGCGCAAUCCAAGACAUUUGCUUGAUGUUCUUACUGAAGUGCAGGGUAGAGUAUCCAACCUCGUGAGUGGACAGCUUAAUGAAGUUCAAAUGCCAGAAUUUAGAAGUUUUUUACGUGGUCCUAUAUACCUUUGAAUUGCUGAACAUUUUUGCAUCUUUAUCAGUCUAAAUUUCAUGAACUUUGGUAUUUUUAUCUUUUUAUACACAAGGGGUUUUCCGGACGGGAACUUUAACGAUGGGAUUCAAUGUAUGGGGGUGCAUGUGGGGGCAUUGCCGUUAUUUGAUUUUUGACUUAUCCAUAAAAAAUAACUCAUCCAUAUGUAAUUCUUCGUUGUUUGCAUUAUGCAAUUUAGAAAUGUGAAUAAAACAAAAACCGACAACUAUGUUUUAUUUUCCUCUGUUAUAAUAAAACAUGCACGUAAAUUUGUAUUAGCAAUUAGGCAAUAUUCGAAUGUGUAUGUAUGGUUUGGG